GUAAAAAUCGGGAUUGCUUGCCGCGUGCGCCUUGGCGCCGUGUUUUGCCAAACGCUAAAACACUAAAUUUCAUAUGUUUUUUGGUUUGUUUGCUGCUAGUUUCACUGGGAAAUGGAGACGUUUAACCAGCUUUUGUUGGAAUAUCCCGAAUUAAUGUACGGAGGAGUCGGAGUUACGGCGUUUUUCGCCGGUGGAGCGCUGAUAUACAAAAUAGCCACCAGAAAGAAGCCGACCCAUGCAGAUGUGAACUGCUGGUUUUGUAACGAGAACACAGUGGUGCCCUAUGGUAAUAGGAACUGCUGGGACUGUCCCAACUGUGACCAGUACAAUGGCUUCCAGGAGAAUGGGGAUUACAACAAAACUAUCCCAGCUCAGCACAAGGCACAUCUAAACCAUGGAGUAUCUGGGAGCCUUCCUUCAUCUGAGACACCCAAGACACAGCAGUGGGUCAACUGUCAGAUGCUGCUGUGCAGGAAGUGCAAUAACAACCAGUCUACAAAGAUCAAGCAGUUGGCUUCAUUUAUCCCAAGGGAUGAUGAAAACUAUGAUGAGGAAAUUGAAGCCUACAAACACCACCUGGAGCAGACCUUCAAGUUAUGCAAGCCGUGUCAGACAGCAGUGGAGUACUACAUCAAAUAUCAAAACCGCCAGCUACGUACAGUUCUCCUAAGCCAUCAGCUUCGACGCACCCGAGACUCAAUCAAUAACUUUGUAAAGAGCUCCUAUCCCCUGUCUUCUCCCAUGGGGGUCACAGUAUUGCGGGCACUUGCCUUCCUGCUAUGUGCUUUCCUAGUUGCUACAUCUUUCUUAGAGUUGCCAGACCAGCCUCCGUCACCUAGCGGCCCCCAGACAUUAAGUGGUGGGGUCACUCCUCCUAAACCCUUUAAUGAGUCCACCCCCAAAAAUGAAAGCAGUGGAGAUGUGCCUGUAUGGCAGAGUCUGCUGGAGCUCCUCCCAGACAAGGUCAUAGAAAAUGCCAAGCUGGUGUGGCAACAUGGAAGGGACAACCAUCUGGCUCUAGUCUCUGUUGGCCUGUUGACUUGCCUCACUGCCAUCUUCUUAGCAGGACCUGCAAGGCUGAGGAGAAUUGAUGCUGUGGCGUCUGUCCUGUGGUUCUUCAUCCUGUGCCUCUACCUGGCUGAGAACUACUUGACUGGUGCCUCAAGCUGGAUGGACACAGCCAAGCACACUAGCAUCUCUCUCUGUUGCCUCGUCAGCUUUGCUGCUGCUGUGGCAACUCGCAAACCACCGGGUCUACGAAGAGGCAAAUAUCGAAGAUACCUUGCAGGCAGCUCUGCAGCCCCCUCCUUCGGCAGCCAGCCUCCCCUGCUCUCUCCUGACCUGGCAGACUCCUUCAUCCCCACCCCGCCCCCGAACCUCUCCAAGCUCAUCAGUUGCCAACAGAGUCGUCACAAGUGCAGUGAUUCUCCCUCCUCCCUUCCAGGACGCCUUAACAGAGCCCUCAGCCUUGGCACCAUCCCCUCCCUCAAAAGGACAGAUUCUGGUUACCUGUUUAGCGGAAGCAGACCAGCCUCACAAUACAAAGACUCCCCGCCUUCAGACUACUUUUCACUGAAGUCUGGGAGCCGCCCAUCAUCCCCGAGCCCCUCUCCAACUCCUUCUAUAGCUGGGUCAUGUACAUCCAGUUCAGGUUCUGCCAGGCAACGCCGUCCCCUCAUCAGUCCCGCUCGCCUCAACAUCUGUAGCCAGAAACUCUGGCUUUUCUCAGCAGAGCUAGAACCCAAGCUCUCACCCCCACCUGCAUCUCCACUGUACUCCACUGUAGGGCCGGCCUCUCCCCUUUACAGUGGCUGCUUUUCACCUGACAUGUCACCCUUCCAAAGCCAAAAUGAUAUGAGUUUGAGAGACAGCAGUGUGAUUGAUAAGGAAGAGAGGAGUGAGACAGGCAGCUCCUCGGGGUCCUCUGCAUGCCUGGUUGGCACUACGACACAGGGGCCAGAGAGCACCCCCCCUCCAAAAGGUUUCGUGAAGCGUCUUAUCGUCCCGGGUCUUUUAGCAGCGAGCCUGACUGCCAACCUGUUAUUCGCCUGCCUCUGUAUUUACCACUACUGGAGAUGAACUGUUGAUGGGCUCUGCUGCUGUUUUUAUUUUGUUUAUUUUAUUUUAUUUUUUUGCUGUGACCUGCACAGAGUGAGUCGGCCUCUGGCCCUUGACCACCCUGUCAUGUCCGUAGACCUGGAGGUCAUUCAUCAAAUGCCAGAAAACAUCACCUUUCUGGCAGUCACUUGUUUGUUGGUGCUUAGUGAAAAUACAGAUGUCAGCUGAUGGAUUUUCAACAGCAAUACCUCCCUUCUGAUUGGAGUUAAGAGAAAAAUGUUUGGUGGAAUCGAAUAUUACGCUUUUGAAUUUGUGGUUCAUGGCUGCUUAAAAAUAUUUUGGCUUUUGUGGUCUGGCCUUGUUUUGUCCUUUGGGUUUGUCACUGCUCCUCUUUCAUGAACACAGGUGAACGUGCAAUUGAUUUUAAAAGUUCUUGCACUGAGGCUUGACGGCUUUUUAGAAAAUAUGCUGUGAAAUGUGCAAUAAACAUACACUGCUCAGUUGUUGCUGCUUAGACACAAAGGAUCAUGUCUUACAUACUUACCGUGAAUUCUCAUAUACAAAAGCGGGAAUUAAAAAAAUGGCCAAGUCACAAAUAGACCAGGCUAAAAAAAACACUGGGAGAAUCUGUAGCCUACUGCAACAACUCACAUGUUAAAGUCAGUAUAAUUCAUCAGUAAAACAACAGUCAUCAAUCUUUUUUUUUAGUUUUUGGGGGUUUUUUUGUAUACUCCUGAUCAUCAUCCUGAUAAUUAACUGGAGAACAAAGCAAAUUAGAGAUAAAGGCCCGUCUCUAAAAUAAGCUUGUCCCAGAUAAGGGAGGUAAAUAAAAGGCCUUGGGCAGUAUACUGAGAAUUUACGGGAUGCUGUUUUUGAUGAGUGCAUUACAACUCCCAAAUGAAUAACAUUUCCAGUAUGCUACAAUAGCCAAAAAUUGGAAAGCAUUAAGCAGCAUGUUAUGUUUGUGGUGUGUAGUUGGUUUUGCAUUUUUGAAAUUUGUACAGAUUUUUCACUUUGUAAUGUCAUAAUUUCACAGCACUGGUUUUGCCAUUGUCUUUCUAUGUACAAAUGGGUGACAAAUUAAAGGAGAAACCAACCUAAGAUCUCUUAGUAAGGUGUUGUGCUGCCUCGUGCCACCAGAACAGCUUCAAUGCACCUUUGCCGUGCAUUCCCUCAACAUACUCAUCAAACCACUCCUGUCAGAAUAGAAGUUUUUCAUAACAAGAUAAAGGUCUUUACCUCUAAACUUUGUAUUGGUUGCCCCUGCGUGGAAGCAUCUGCAUUCAUUAUGUUUUUCCUUUACUUUAUCACCCGUCUGUAUAUUCAGCUGAGAAGGAGUGGUACCGGUAUGUCAAACUCAGUCCUGUUGUGUUAUUUUGUUAUACAUUUAAACGUCAACAUUUUUAAUAUCAUUGUCAUUUAUAUCUCACACCAAAGUGACACAUGUCACAGAAAUAGUUCUGUUUCGCCAAACCAUUUCAUUUUCUACUAUCUCUUAUAGAUAUCCUGUUCACCGGCAAGUUUGUAAGGGGCAAAACUCCUAACAUCAAGUGCAAUAUAGAAAAUAAAUGCUAUUUCUAAUGAGCAAAAAGAGGUGAUGUUCACAUUUACAUUAUUUCAUAAAAAAGAAAUAGAGAUUCAGAAAAUUAACCGAGCUGUAAAAUUUAUACAGACUUUUCUUAUAAACUUCACACUCUGUUAAAUUAGAAAGAUUUUUGCACUUGUUUUCUGAACUGUAUUUCCAGUCUUUUGUGCUUGGUUGUGUUGUGUUUUAAAUGUGCAUAAUCAUAUAUAUAUAUAUAUAUAUAUAUAUAUAUAUAUAUAUGAUUUUAAAUUGUUCUAUUACAGAUGAAGAGCACAGAUGUUUAAUUUAUUGUUUGUGUGGAUGCUGAACAUACAAAAAGUUGUACUUGUGGAAGAUUUGGUUAAACAGGUUACAGUUUGUGUCUCUUGUAAAAAAAAAAAAAAAAAAGAUCAUGUUUUUGUUAAUUUUCUCAUGAAAUGUUUUGUACUGA